CCAUGUCACGAUCGGGCACGAUGUCUUAGCGGCGGCCGACAGCCCCAGCCGAUCGGCAUUUCGAUAGAUUCGCUUCUCGAUCGCAACUGGCUUGUCGAAUAAUUUAUAGUGAGGGAAACGGAAAAGAUGACUGUACCGGUUACUGAGCGAGCAUUGCAAGUAUGCCUGACCUGCAAAUUGAGAAAGAAGGCAUGCGACAAGACACUGCCAACCUGUGGGUACUGCACCAAACGGAACCUGCCAUGUCGAUACCAAGGUCCUCCGGCGGCUGAAGAAACGGGCACAGAAGCGACUACUCAGAUAGAAAUAAAUGCGAUCUUGCUACAGAUGGUUUCCCUGUUUGGCCCACCAUCGGGAAAUGUGUCCACAGCACCCAGAAGGACAUGGUACCAAGUAUGCCGCAUCAUCCAAUUGGCAGACCUCUCGUUGCAGGAAAUCAGUCGCCGGUAUUUCAGCAACUUCCACAAAUGGCUUCCAGUAGUAUCGUACGAAAUCUUUCAAGGAACUUUGGCCCAGUACAAUAGCCCGUCUUGCCCACCACCGGUGGACUAUUCUGUCCUUGUGCUGGCUAUGUGCCUGGUGACGCUGCAGCCGUCGAGACUCAAUACACACUUAACACCACAUAGCCUAUAUGCCACUAUGAAGAUGCUAUUCGCGGAAGCUCAAGCCAUAAUAUGUGCCUCAACAUAUUUACUUCAGGCUGGACUGCUCAUCGCUGCAUAUGAGUAUGCCAACGGUCGGCCUGAGGCAGCGAACAUUACGAUGGGGACUUUAGCCAGAACCGCUUUUGCAAUUGGGUUAGCAAAUCCCAGCUCCUGGCAGACAAACGAAGCUAGUAAUAUCUCACUUGAAAGACUGGAGCGCCUAAAUUUGUGGUGGGGUGUAAUCAUUCUCGAAAGGCUUAUUCUAUGCGAGAUCAAAGACAAGACACAACGACCUACAACAGAAUGUCCAUCUUCUAAGUUUCCUCUGCCGAGUGACCUCCAGCCUAUCCAAGCUAGCCAUCAAUCAGUAGGAAGCUCCUCACAUGAAAAUCUGCCUUCGAACCAGGACAGGAAACCCUGUGCUUUUGGCCAUCAGGCACGAGCUGUGCUCCUCCUUGAUCGGGUGUUGGCAGUGCGAAGGCUCCCCCGAACCGAUAGUGGUAGGACGGUAGAGAUUCGGCAACUCGACGAGCAACUGCAAAACUUUCUUUCAGAACGGAUAAACACAGCUACCGCGGAAAUUGGCCAUGAUUGCAGUCCUAUAGCAUCUGCCGUGAGAGCGCUUUGCCUAUUACAUCAGGAUGUCAUAGAGUCUCCUUCCAACACCGUUGACUUGCAGAGUCUGCAAUACUCACAGGCGGCUCUAGGAAUGGUAUCUAAUGUAGUGGUGGAUGUCGCGCGCCACCACAAAGCGCAAAUUGCGUGCCAAAAUUCCCAUGCCGAUCUACUACCCCUGAGCUGCUCGUACACUCUGCACAUGGCAAUGAGACAUAUUCGGGAUUGCAGGAAGCUAGUCUGCCCAUACAGCCGCUCUAGCGACCUGAACUCUCUAGUGCAGCUGGAUCAAGAAUUUUCCGACAGAUGGAAAGCCUGAAUCCCCUCUUCCUGCAGUGGGCAUGAGCGAAUUUCGUGAUAGGAAAAGCGGCUACGGGGUUGGUCCAAUCCAAGGGUAAAGCAGAGGCCCACCGCCAAGCGAAUGGCCGCAAAUUCCGUCCGCAACAGCC